GCGAGAAUUCCGGAGAACACGUUCCUGUCAACAACCCCCGCGGCGCGUGCCCGUUGCCACGGAGACCGGCGCUGCCUAGCAAAAUCUGCGCGUGGGACGCGCGCGGGCGGUUUCCCGGGGAAAGUUCUGAGCCCAUGUUGGAAGCCGAGGAGCUUAGGACUGGCGCGCCCGUGUGCAGGAGUGAAGGGAACAUGAGAAGCGCUGGCGGCAGCGGCGGCUCCCGCGCAGGUUCUGCCUGCUCCAGGCUCAUCGACGUGACUAGCAACGCGCCGCUGCUGCUCCCACCCACCGCCACGGCGGCCUCGCUAGAAGCAGAGGGAGCGCAUAAUUACAUCCUCUUGGAUAGUCCUGUCGCUCGAGAACAGCUCUGUCACUACCGGAAUGCAGCGGAAAUGGCCCGUAGUGAACUUGCAGCGUUCCUGGUAAAGUAUGAAUGUGCCCAGGCAGAGAUUCUAGAUCUUAAAUCCACGUUAGCCUCUAAAGACAUCUCUAUCCAGGACCUGAAGGCUGAAGUUGGGAGCUAUAAAGAAAAUGAUGCUAGGCAAUCGUCUCUCCUCUCCUCCAUGCAAAGCAGACUCCAGGAGAUGGAGAAGGAAUCUGGUACAAUUGCCAUGUCUAAAAAACAAGUGGACCUAAAAGCACAGGCCAUUCUUCAGGAGAAUUUAGAGCUGAAGGAAAAAGUCCAUGAACAAGAAGUUCAGAUCAGAAAAUAUUUGAAUGAGUCUGAAUCAGUGAAGAUCCAAGCCUCUCAGGCUAGCAGGCAGCAUAGUGAAUUUAUUACCCAGCUUUGUCAUUUUUUUGACAUGGACCUCAGAGGGAAAGAAGAACCACAGGAACAUUUGCUCUCAAAGAUCAGUGGCAUGCAUGAAGAGAUUGCAACACUGAAAGAACAAAUUGCCACAUUCAAAGAGACUGCAAAUGUUCAUGAGAUGGAGUUAAAAGCCAAUAGAGAAACCAUCAUGAGGCUUGUUUCAGAACUGAGCAAAGAGCAGAAAAAGACAGCAACCUACUCCCAAGAUAUGGAAAAGCUAAGUGAAGAGCUGAACAGUUCUACAGCAGAUAAGCAGAACCUUGAAAAGGAGAUCAGAAAACUCCAAGAUAGACUGGCUGCUUGUCAAAGUGCUUGGGAAACAUCACAGAAAGAACUGAGCCACCUAAAGGAAUGCUGCAAUGAGAAUGAAGAGUACCUGAAAAGUAGCACAGAGGAAGCCAGGGCUGCAAAAAGUCUCCACAGGACAUUUAAAGAGCAAAUUGCCACUCUUCUUGGGAGUAAUUCCAUUUUAGUCAGUCCUUCAGAGGAAGACAUAAUAGAAAAAAUUCGAGAAAUGUGCCAUGAUGAGGAGAGCAAAAAAACAGUUGUAUCCCAGCUUGAAGCCCGAAUAGCCAAACUAGCAGAGAUGCAGGAAACUCAGAAUAAACUGCACCAAGAAACUUUGCAAAAGACAAGAAAAGCGGAAAGCAAAUCUGAGACACUUCACAAUCAAUUGAUGCGUCUGGAAGGAGAGCUGGUGUCUGGGGACGUGAUACGAGAUUCUUUGAAGCUUGAGAAACAAAAUUAUCUUCAGUUUCUGGAUCAGCUUUCUGAAAAGUUGAAUCUGGACUGUGUGGCAGCUGAUAUUGGAUUUGAUAUGAGGUUGGAGGCUAUAUUGGCUCGUGUGGAGCAAUUGAUCAAACUAGAAGGAGACACAUUGAGAGAAAAUAAAAUCAUGGCACAUAAUCUGCAAAGAAAGCUUAAAACUCAAAAAGAACAACUUGACAAUAAAGUGCUGCAGAUGAAACUUUUGCGUCAGAAGAUAGUUCAGCUGGAAGAAGAGAAGCAAGUGCGUACAGCUCUGGCUGUGGAAAGGGAUGAGGCCAACCUUACUCUCCGAAAGUUACAAAAGAAGGUGGACAGAUUACAGAAUGAACUUGCUUUGGCGAGAGAAGCCAAUACGGACCUGAAAGUUAAACUAGCUGAUGCCAAUGAAUUGAAGAUCAGAACACUGGAGCAGGACAAAACUAUAGAAGAGCUAAGCAAGUCCCAAGAGAAACUGGAAAAGAUGAAGACAAAGGCUGAGAAGCAGCUGAGCUCUGCCAAGUCAGAGUUGCAACUUAAGGAGCGUGAAGCAAAGGAAGACAAAGAAAAGGCCAGAAACAUGCUGGAAUCUGUUUCCAGUGAACUAGCAACAUUUAAAUCUGCUCUGGAUGAAGUAAUGAAAAAAGAGAGACAGCUGGCAGACUUCAGGGAAGUUGUUUCUCAAAUGCUGGGUCUCAAUACUGCUGCUGUUGCCCUUCCUGACUAUGAGAUAAUUACCCGUCUAGAGAGGCUGAUCCAUUCUCAUCAGCAUCACUUUGUCCCCUGCAUCUGCUUCAAAGACAUGCCAGUGAGGCAAGAUGGACCUUUGCAACUUCUUCACUGAACCCGUUCUCUGAAGACAGUAAAAUUCCUUUCCUGCUCGCCCUCUUCUCUUUGCCAAUGUAAAUGUUCCAGAAUGACACAGCACAGGAGUUCAGGGAGUGUAUCCAAUAUUAGUCUAACUUAAGUCCCAUUCAUUUCAGUGGGUCUACUCUGAAUAGGAAUAACAUUGGAUACAAGCCAAAAUAUACAGAGCCAACAGUGAGAAAGCUUUUUAAAAGUGUCUCUACUACUUCUCAUAGGAAGAAGCAUAUUUUUUUCUGAAUAAA